GAAAGAGCCUCCCACUAGUGCGUGCCAUAUCAUACCCGGAGAGCUCUUUAGAGUCAUCCAAACUCCCCGCGCCUUCCCUUUGCCGGUACUAAGUCCAAAAUCCCGUCCAAAUCAAGCCUUGAAAGUUUGGGUCGAGCUACGCCAUCAGUCCCUCAGACCCGUCAAGGCGUGACUCCACCUGGCUCGACUCGAGCAGAAAUCGAUCUGGGGCAGGAACUAGGGCACGCCAUACACACCUUCCUAGGUAUGAUAUCUUUCCCGAGGUCAUGCUAUCUCAAGAAGCUCCAUAACUAGGUCGACGGCACACCUCAUGCAAGCUUCUAUCAAAACCGUGGCCAGCCCUCCUCUGGUCAUUCUAUAUUCUCAUCAACCGUAUUUCUAUACAUCCUGCACCCGGUCUCAUAGUCCUACGUUCAAAACAGAUUCCUUAACCACGGAGGAGGGGCAGAUACAUCCAGACGAGCGCACCAACCGACACUGAACCCAGCCGUCUCCAUGAACACUGUGCAAUCAAUCCAUCAGUUCGCGGAGGCGACUGCCGCCCAGAUCCCAGGAUUGCGGAGCAAUGAUUGCGAACUCGUCAUUCGACAACAGCCUAGGAACGCGAAGGUCGCCAUCGGCAAAGAGAAGGAUCGCAAACCGGUUGACCCUCCGCCGGUAGUCCAACUCAAGAUCAGCCAAACUUCAGACCCAUACCAGAACUACAUGCAGAGUCCUUAUUUCUUCAUGACAUGCAGUCUCGUCCCUACGGAAGGAGGAAGUGCUCCGUCAUCCGUUGGCGCAUCUCUCGCAGGUACUCUUGUCUCUUCUCUCCAUCGAUUGAAGGAUACCGACAACCAUGAUGGAGCAUUCUUUGUCUGGGGGGAUAUGUCAAUCAAGAUUGAAGGUGUCUUCAGACUGCAGUUCAAUCUCUAUGAGAUGCGCAACAUGGAAUGCUUUUACAUAAGAUCAGUUGUAUCAGAUCCGUUUCCUGUCCUUCCCCAAAAGACCUGGCUUGGUAUGUCUGAAUCAACAUUCCUUACCCGGUCUUUCAACGAUCAAGGGAUCCGAUUGAGAGUACGCAAGGAGCCUCGAUCUUUGCUCCGGAAGCGUGGACCAGCAUCUGAAGAUUACAUUCCACGACAUUAUAAGACUCAUGGGCGGAAGCAAAGCAAGGGCGAAAGAACUUUCGAAUACCACGAAUCACAAUCACCAGGGCUUUCAACACACAGUCAGGGAAGCCAAGAAGAAGCAUCAGGGUCUAUGCAACCCCAUUCCUUUGAUUCUUAUCCUGGUUACGCUUACACACCUGCGGGGCCCUUCAAUUCCUUCCCUCAAGAGUUAUCGAUGAAGCGUCCAAGGACCAACUCCGAGCAUAGCCAACCUCCAAAUUUUGGGCAGCAACAACAACCUCUCAAUAGCCCUCAUUCUCCAUACCAGCCGAGGAUGUAUUCGGACGCCCAGCACAAUUAUCUAUACGGCGGGCAGCCGUCUCCCCAGCAGCCGCCUUUUGGAUAUCCCUACGCCCCGUCGCCGGUAGCCACCUCGUCGCAGGGUCAGUCCUUUACUCAACGAUUUAGUACACAACACGGAGUCAAUUCCAAUUACAAUGAUUCUAUGCUAAGCUCAUCAGGACCAGCGUUCUUCCAAUCACAACCUCAGUACCAACAACCUCAACAUCUUCAAGCACAAUUUGGAGGGCCGGAAAUGAUGACAUCGACCGCACCACAAAAGGACACUGGUGGGUUCGGGGGUCUUGAUGUGGUUCAAAGAUCCGAGCAGAUCUCUCCAGGAUAUGGUGGUCUAAGCAUGACCGCUCCUGGGAUCUAUGCAACUCCGAGUGGUAACAGAAGCGAUGGGUACCAAAUGUAUCCGCACCAUGGUCAGAAUAUAUCAGACGACAAUAUGGGAGAUAACAUGGUCCCGCGGACCACGAGCGGUGCGAUGUACACAACAGGUGCAACAGGUGCAACAGAGGGAUUGGGAGGCUCAUUUCAAUAAGAAUCAGUUCGUGGUAUUUGACUGAUUUUGUAUUCCAUACGAAUCCG